GUAUUGAUAAUACGCUUAUUCUCUAUAGUUUUGAAAUUAUACAUAUCAAUUCUACACAUCAGAUUCUGUCUUGAGGCCUAGAAGAAUAGCACCCUCAACGCUCGUUGAAUAGUUUCCAGCCACCACAAAAGGCCCUGAAACUUUUCGAACAAUAACUAGUGAGAUUUUGAGAUAUUCUUCGGUGCUUUCCGGCAACAUGGAAAAUCUUGUAAACUCGCAACCGGCUGACUCAAGGCAUCCGAUGAGCUUCACUCACACAAAACAUGUUCUCUUCUCCCCGCAAUCUGCCGAUGGAACUCUGCCGAUUGAUACACAAAUACCACUUCCUGAGGUGACAGAAAUACGAGGUAGUGAUGAUAUAGGCUACACAAGAACAAAUUCAGAGUUAAGAGAGGAAGACAAUGGAAGCUGUCACGAUCUCAGGGUAUCAACAGAGUAUCCUGAUAUUUCGAAGAGACCUUCAGUUCUUCGUGGCGGACGAAAUUCGGGAAAGGAAGCUGGAGAAAAGAUACCGCGACCCAAAUACGUAGCAAACCAAUCUGCACCCGAAAAAGAUCGAUUAAGUAUGAAGGCAAAGCUAGAUACAUAUGGACCAGUAGAAUACCAUUUACUGAAACCAGAAUGCAACCAUAAAAGUAGUCAACCUUCCACAAGCUCAAGCUCGGACAUGUUCAACGACGGCAAUUGGUCUCAAAGCCUGGAUGAGUACAUCUUGCAAAGGCGUCAUGGUAGAAAUAUCAAUCUAAGCGCUCCUACUCAAUUUGCCAUGUGCUGGCCCCCACCUCUUUCCUAUGGAAACAUCACGGUGGAUUUUCACACUCCUCUAAUUUUUGAUCCGAAGUCGAAUUUUAACCACAAUGUCGACACUGAAAGCGAAGCUUCUUUUUUUCCAGGAUCUGAGAUAGCAGAUCCUGUGCCAGACGACGACGCCAAACAGUCUGGGAGCUACAAUAUUCCAAAGAUGCCGGGUACCUGUCCAAGCUCCCCUCAGAAGUAUCGGCCAGGUAGUCAACCUUUGUUCUUUUCGUCAAAAUUGGGAGCAGCUCAAUUGCCUUCACAAAGCCAACUCUUUGCAGACGUAUGUUCUAGGGAUACACCAAAGUUCCUUUCUAACAAUGAAGUAAAAAUGAAUGGCGUAGGUGGUGCACAGUCCAAGGGAGACGUUUCUCCACCAAGACGCCCCAAGUACGUCUAUGAACCCAGGGACUAUUCGUUGCGACCUCGAGAGCCCUGGGAAUUUCCAGAUCUUUUUCCUCUGACGCAUUUACAAGGAGUCCCUGCUGCUAAUUGGCCUGAUGCCUCACAGCGCAUAUUCUCUACAGCUAGAGUUCAAAAUGAAACUGCCGACGAAUUCAGAGCCAGAAGGCGUAGACGCAAGCAUGUAAUCGAUGAAGAAGAUUUUUCAGAUGAGGACUGGGACGCUCAAGGGGAACCUAAAAAUAUUCUCCGUCUGCAUUACCAGGAACUGAAAAACAAAGGCAAUGAGUGGGAGCCGUUGACUAACGAAAAAGCUGGAGAAUUAAUGGCAAGAGGAAGAGUCGAUAAAUAUUGUAGUGUGAGGAUAUUAGACACAACGGAGAUUGAAGUGUGUAAGCGAAAACAGCUUGAAACGUAUAAGCGAAGAAAGUAUGAAAAUGAGCCACGAAAGACUCCUCCUUCUUCAUCUUCCUCGAAGCAAUCUUCAGAGCCUCACAAUGAUUCCAAAGUCAAUGAAGGCACCGAAUUGAAUAUAGUAGUAACAGUUCCACCUCCAACUUCAGGACCAAAGCCAAGUCGAGGAUCACGGGUGCGUGUUAAUGGAAGGUUACUUACCAAUGCCCAGAAGGAAGAGAGAGAGAAAUCUAGUAGUAAGAUAGUCGCUGAUUUGCGUCAUUUACAAUAUGAGUCUGAGGCUAUAAUGCAGAACCUCUGGAACAAUAGCCAGACCAAUGGUGACAAAACUCUGGUAGAGCAAAUGAAGAGAGAAUUACAAGACAUUCGGAAUAAAGCAGUUUUUAUGGAAAUACCGGCAACCGAAGAUGAUCGACACAGGGCGGCGCGUCUCAUUCUUGAUAUAAUAGAUUCUAACAUGCGACCUAUCGCAAAUGGAUUUGGGGCUGAUGAUAAAAUGAAUUCUUCGCGCUGGUUCUCUCAUAACAGAUACACAGAUUAUGAAGGAUUAAAGAAGGCUAUAGAAAUAGAGACGGAUCAGUUGAAAAAACAAAUGCUUCUAGUUUCCAGAGACUCCGACGAGUACAAAUUUCUCGAAGAACGGAGGGAAUAUUUGGAAGAUGAAGAUACUUAUUUAGAAAAGAGGGAGGAUUUCUACGCUUAUGAGGUGAAUGACGACAACAAAUGGUGUAAUGAUCACGAAAAUCACAAUCCCCCUCUGAUGCCGGGAGACCCACGUGUUAGUGCCGAAUAUGGUACAGCGAUAGGUAAUUGGAAUUCACAAGCUUCGCCGCAAACGCUAGAGGAAGAGGAAGAAGAUCUUGAAAAGGCAAUAAUGAUGUCAUUGGGUGAAAUGGGACAGGUCGAGCCGGUGGGAAAAGAUAUCAGUGGUAGAGCUAAUGACGACUCGGCUGCACGAAGUACCAAGCUUACAGCGGAUGUGUUAUCCCAAGCACAUUGGAAAGACAGCAAGUCAAUUGCGCAGUUUCAAGACGACUCAAUGGAUGAGGCUGCAUUGUUUGAGAAAACCAGGGCUAUAUCGCUUGCGCUUUAUCAAAAUGAGAGUCCACCACUCUCCGGCGAUGAAUAUUAGGGUAGCAGGGGCAAUUUGGAGGAAAGAGAUGGUAUUGAGAGUAACAAAAGGGCGACGAAACAGGUAGAAAAGGACUUCAAGUUUUUGUCUCAUAAGAUAGUUUUAAGGAAAGUUUUACUUGGCAUACGUCCAAGAACAUUGGUAUUUGACUCUACAGCGUUGAAAUUUUAAUUGGGCAGAAUUGUUAGCUAUCGCAGGGUUUACAUAGUUACUCAAUUGUUGUCAAAGAAAAGUUUCUCAUUGAGAGAGUUUUUAACGGCAAUGAAGUUGGUAUGGCAAAUAAAGAAUGUGGUUGGGUGUUGUCAGAUAUUUGUCCUACAUCCCGAUGUUGUGGAAGCGAAACGGGACGGCUAGUCGCAAGGGGCUGCGGAUAGUUAUGCCAUGCAGUGCAUAGGUAGCGUAGAAAUGUAAUGCAAUUCAUUUGGUAAAACAUGCA